AAAUCAGAGAGGCGGACACAUCGCGCGGCCCGGCUGCGGGUAGCCUAUGGCGGCGUGCGUGAGAUCCCGCGGCCACGCGGCGGCGGGAGGCAGGAGCUGAGGCGGCGACCGCGGCCAGUCGCUGCUGAGGCGGCCGCGGGUGCGCUUCUCGGCGGGGCCGGGCAGGGCCGUCGCCUGGCGGUGAGGACGCGCUCCCGGGGCGGGCGCUAUGGCCACCAACUAGGGCGGCCGGAGAAGCGGCCGAAGCCCAAGAUGCCGGAGCGACGGCACGGCUGCGCCUCCGCCAUCGUAGGUGCCGAUCCCCUUGCCACAGUCGAGUCUCCAUGGCCUGACCGUGUCUUGACAAUAAUUUUGAGCAAAAUCUAUGUCUAAUAAGAAGAUAACCACAUCAAGAUGGUUGGGAAGCUGAAGCAGAACUUACUCUUGGCGUGUCUGGUGAUUAGUUCUGUGACCGUGUUUUACCUGGGCCAGCAUGCCAUGGAGUGCCAUCACCGAAUAGAGGAACGUAGCCAGCCAGCCCGACUGGAGAACCCCAAGGCGACUGUGCGAGCUGGCCUCGACAUCAAAGCCAACAAAACAUUCACCUAUCACAAAGAUAUGCCUUUAAUAUUCAUCGGGGGUGUGCCUCGGAGCGGCACCACACUCAUGAGGGCUAUGCUGGACGCACAUCCUGACAUCCGCUGUGGAGAGGAAACCAGGGUCAUCCCUCGAAUCCUGGCCCUGAAGCAGAUGUGGUCCCGGUCCAGUAAAGAGAAGAUCCGCUUGGAUGAGGCGGGUGUCACAGAUGAAGUGCUAGAUUCUGCCAUGCAAGCCUUCCUUCUGGAGGUCAUUGUUAAACAUGGGGAGCCGGCACCUUAUUUAUGUAACAAAGAUCCGUUUGCCCUGAAAUCCUUGACUUACCUUGCUAGGUUAUUUCCCAAUGCCAAAUUUCUCCUGAUGGUCCGAGAUGGCCGGGCGUCAGUACAUUCAAUGAUUUCUCGGAAAGUUACUAUAGCUGGCUUUGACCUGAACAGCUACCGGGACUGUCUGACCAAGUGGAACCGGGCCAUAGAAACCAUGUACAACCAGUGUAUGGAAGUUGGUUAUAAGAAAUGCAUGUUGGUUCACUAUGAACAGCUCGUCUUACACCCUGAACGGUGGAUGAGAACGCUCUUAAAGUUCCUCCAUAUUCCAUGGAACCAUUCCGUUUUGCACCAUGAAGAAAUGAUCGGGAAAGCUGGGGGAGUUUCUCUGUCAAAGGUGGAAAGAUCAACAGACCAAGUCAUCAAACCCGUCAACGUGGGGGCGCUAUCGAAGUGGGUUGGGAAGAUACCCCCGGACGUCUUACAAGACAUGGCCGUGAUUGCACCCAUGCUCGCCAAGCUUGGAUAUGACCCAUACGCCAAUCCUCCUAACUACGGAAAACCUGACCCCAAGAUCCUUGAAAACACCAGGAGGGUCUAUAAAGGAGAAUUUCAGCUCCCUGACUUUCUGAAAGAAAAACCCCAGACGGAGCAAGUGGAGUAACUGAGCCCGUAACUUCCCACAGGGACGACUGCUGCCUUGUCUACAGAAGGGAAAUCUCGGGAACGGCUGUCUGCUGCGACAAGGAGUGUCUGUGCCCAUCGCUCCUGUUCACCUGCCAGCCUCCUGUCCCCAGGGGGGGUGUCACACACCCGGGCCUCCCCAAGUGAUGGCUCUUGAGCCCAGGAACAUGCAUGGCCCUCAGGAUGAGGAGCCCAGCAGGGACACAGUUCUGUCACAGCUCCUCUUGUCCUUGUCUUUCCUUCCCAGGUUCCAGUCUUUAAUUUCAAGGAAAGGAGAGUUUGAAGUUGGCAUUCUGUUAACAAAAUCAGGCAGUCUCAUUCCGAAUAGGUUCUAUGUACACGUUCCGAUGUUUUGUAGAACACUCGUGCCUGUUGAAACGUAUCGAUGUGGAUAAUAGUAAAUACCUUAAUUAUUUAAAUAAUUCAUUGUAUUGUUUCAGAGACGUUUGGAAAUUACUGUAUACAUUUACAACCUAAUGACUUUUGUAUUUUAUUUUUCAAAAUAAAAGCUUAAAUGUGAAGCACUCA